AUGCCUCCUGUCCCAGAAAACAUUGAAGUUGUCUCUAAAGCCCAGGCUGUGGGAGUCACACACAGAGGAGAGCCAGGUGUGGAGGCCGAGCAGCCGCCCAAACACCCCACGGCCACAGGUGGGAGUGGGGCCGGAGAUACAAACACUACGGUGGGCUUGUUUCACAGCCUCACAAAGACACACAAAGUCCAGUUUGAGGAAGUGAGAGCGCUGUUUGGAAUCCGGUUUGUGCCCAUGUGGAUAAGGAUGGUGUCGGCCUCCGGACGGGAUCGUAUUCUGCCAGGAAACUUGUCUAAAAUGUCCCAGAGCGUCGGGCCGGGAAAAGGCAGAGCGUAUGCCUCCUUUAUUGUGAAAUUCCUCACCAUGGUGGAGGUGGAGGAGGGGGCGGAGUCUGUCCAGCUGCCCUUCAAAACCACACAAAACCUGCCUGAAGAUGCUGAAGUGGAGUGGUGGAACAUAAGUUCAUACGACAAGGUCCAUCUGUAUAAGAACGGCUCUGACCAGCCUGAAGAACAGCACCAGGUUUACAGAGACCGAACGAAGAUGAAUGAAGACCCGCUGAAAACUGGAGACCUCAGUCUGACCCUGAAAUACCCCACAGAGAGAGACAGUGGAGAAUACAGCUGUGACCUUGACAGUGGGAACAUUUGGAGAUACAAAAAAGUGCUGCUCAAAGUCAAAGGCUGGCUCGUCUCCACCUGUCGUCCCCAUCAGUACCACUAUGUUGAUGACGCAAAGACUUGGACUGAAGCUCAGAGCUGCUGCACACAGACUCACACAGACCUGGCCUCCAUCGAGAACACUGAAGAAAUGAAGCAGCUGAACAGCACAGUUUCAUCUGCUGCUCACAGCUCUGAGCUCUGGCUCGGAUCACAGAUGAACCCUGAGUUUGAUUUGGUGGAUAAAGACAUGAGUUCGUCCGAUGCUCAGAGUUUGAUGGUGGAGGACGUCACAGGAGCUGUGCUGCUGUCCCCGUCCAGGAACAUGAUCCUGCUGCUCCAUGGAAACAGGUUUAAUGGUACCAGAGCUUCUACUGGACUAACAGAGGAAGCAGUGAUCAGAGGCUUCAGACAGAAGGUGAAGCAGUUUGUUUGCAUGAACACAGAUUUAGACGGUGUCUUUUCCCAGCAUGCCUUGGCCCUAGAGAUGUAUGAGGGGGUGGAGUCUGUCCUGCUGCUCUGCAAGGACACUUCUGUGCCUCGGGACCCCACUCUGAUGUGGACACGCCGUGACCUCGAUCCUCCAGUCGUCCACCAGCGUAGCCAGGCAGGAGAUAAACUGAGAGACCAAAACCAGCGUUACAGAGACCGAACAUCCAUGAAGACGGACUCUCUGCAGACUGGAGACUUCAGCCUCACUCUGAGGAACCCCAUCACCUCUGACAGCGGCACCUACACCUGCACCAUCACUGCAUUUGGAAACACACGGACACUGACAGAAGUAGAGCUGCAGGUCAAAGUGUCCCACCAAGUCUUCACCCUGGAGGUGUACGAGGGGGUGGAGUCAGUCCUGCUGCCCUGUCACAUCCCGUUUGUAUCUGGACCCACCACAGUGGUGUGGAGCCGCUACGACCUCAAUCCUCCAACCGUUCACCAGCGUCAGCAGGAAGAGGACGAGCUGACAGAUCAAAACCAGCGUUACAGAGACCGAACAUCUAUGAAGACUGACGCUCUGCAGACUGGAGACUUCAGCCUCACUCUGAGGAAACCCCACAUCUUUGACAGCAGCAACUACACCUGCACCAUCAGAGUGACGGGAGAAGAACCCAGACUGACAGAUGUUCAGCUCCAGGUGAAAGAGCCGUACGUUUUUCCUGCUGAGGCCUGGGUUCUCCUGGCUGUCCUGAUUUCUGCUGUCCUUGUGGGUCUUGGAAUAUAUCUUUGGAAAUUAUUCAAAAAAGUCCCUCAGGUGGAGGUGGAUUCAGGGGUGGAGUCUGUCCAGCUGAUCUGUAAAGCCAAAGUUCACCUGCCUGAAGAUGCUGAGGUGGGGUGGACGGACAGUUCACACAGGAAGGUCCACGUGUAUGAGAACGGCUCUGACCAGCCUGGAGAACAGGACCAGGUUUACAGAGACCGAACGAAGAUGAAUGAAGACCUGCUGAAAACUGGAGACCUCAGUCUGACCCUGAAACACCCCACAGAGAGAGACACCAACACCUACACCUGCACCGUCUACAGCAGGGAGGGAAAAGUCCUGAUGAAGAACAGGGUGCAGCUGAAAGUCAAAGUCCCCCAGGUGGAGGUGGCUCCAGGGGUGGAGUCUGUCCAGCUGCCCUUCACCACAAUUCACCUGCCUAAAGACACCAAAGUGGAGUGGAUGGACAAAGACAACAGAAAGGUCCAUGUGUAUGAGAACGGCUCUGACCAGCCUGAAGAACAGCACCAGGGUUACAGAGGACGAACUAAAAUGCAGAGAAACCUGCUGAAAACUGGAGAACUAAGUCUGACUCUGAAAUACCCCACAGACUGGGACACAAAGACCUACAGCUGCUCUGUUUACAGCAGGUGGAAGAUGAUUCGGAUGAAGACUCAAGUGGAGCUGAAAGUCAGAGUCCAUGAGGUGGAGGCGAAUCCAGGGGUGGAGUCUGUCCAGCUGCCCUUCAACACCACACUUCACCUGCCUGAAGACGCUAAAGUGGAGUGGAAGGAGAACAGAUACAACAGGAAGGUCCACGUGUAUGAGAACGGCUCUGACAAACCUGCAGAACAGCACCAGGGUUACAGAGACCGAACGAAGAUGAAUGAAGACCUGCUGAAAACUGGAGACCUCAGUCUGACCCUGAAACAGCCCACAGACUGGGACACAAAGACCUACACCUGCACCGUCUACAGCAGGGAGGGAAACAUCCUGAUGAAGAAAGAAGUGCUGCUCACUGUCAGAGCCAAAUGUAAAAGCUUCAGCAGAUGAACUGUAGGAGCAAAGUUCAUGUGUGAGACUUCAUCUGAAAGGUAACAUCUUCUAGUUUCUGAACAUGUGUUUGUUUAGCAUGUGGCUAAAACACAGGCUAAGCUAAGUCAGUUCAAAUCUCAGUAAAAACCUUCUUUGGUCCUCAUCUAUAAUCAGUCAUAUCUGAGUCACAAUAACUAGAAGAUGAUUUCUAGCAGAGCUGUGAAAAUCUCCACAUCCUUUCUCCAUGUUAUCAUCCAAAGCUGUGUGAAGUUUCAGAGCUCUGCAGCUAACAGAGACUUUCAGUUUGCUGCUCUCUUCCUCUGACAGCUCCAUUCUUAGGGAGCGUUAGUUCUCUGUUUCACUUUAUUCCACUUAUUCAGUCUGAUGUUCUCUGAUCUGUUUCUCUUGUUUAGUGUCUUAAAUGCUGCCAGUGCCUCUCUUUGCUUUAACCAACCUUUCUCUUUAUUUCUGAGCUUUUUAAGGACUUUAACUGAUGCAUCAACCUUUGAAAAUGGAAAGAAAUCAGUCAGAUUCAUGGCUGCAUCAAAGUGUCACAUGUAGUUCUCCCACAUCAGCUGGAUUAUAUCUAU